CCAGGCGCAGAAGAGCAGCCGCCCAUCGCUCCCGGCGGAGCUCUGCCGGCUGUCACAACUGGACUCGCUCCCUCCCUGUUUACUUUCGCUUCUCCAAGUUGCCCGUGACCUCCGCUUAUCCCGUCAAGGAGAAUUGCACUGCGGCCGCCCCUCGUGGGACGUGUGCCGGCCACGGCACAUACCCACCCUGAAACCGAUGGAUGAUGUUCUACAGAAGCUAUCAGUCGUAUUGUCAUCGGCUGCAGCAUGACAUGUAUUUCCUUACAAGCACUAGCCGACUGAAUGAGCAAGUGGUUGAUAAAAUAGUUCUUCAGCUCAACAGAGUCUAUCCCCAAAUUCUUACCAAUGAAGAAGCAGAAAAGUUCAGGAACCCAAAGGCAUCACUCCAUACCAGGCUCUCAGAUCUGUUAAAACACCUCCAAAAGAAAGGAGACAGACACUGUCAGGAGUUUUACAGGGCUCUGCAGAUCAAUGCUGAACAGCUGUUUAAUGACCUGCCAAGCAGGAAAAUCUUGAAAACCCCAGAUCCCACAGAGAUAGACACUGACAAGGAGCAAUAUAUGCUAAAUGACAGGGGCCCAGUGUUUUUCCUGGCGUGUUUCAGCAUGGCUGCAGGACUGGCCCUUUUCUGGUACUGCUGUAACUCAGGUGAGCUUCUCAGGGGCUUCUCCUGCCUGCCUUCUCUCAGCAGGGAUGAAACGAGCUGGGCUCCUCAUCUGUCAGGGCUCCCUAACAGGGUGGGUCAAGGUGUCAUCAUUCAUUAAUGAGCUCCGGAUACAAAUUGCACAGCAAACAUGCUGAGGUAUAAAUAAUGGAUAUUUUGCCUACAGAAGAUGCCACAAAUAGGGGCACUUUUUAAAUGCAGUAGUCGUGUGAACGCCUGUUGCUAUAGCAAUGGGUCAUGAUUCCCAGCAGUCAUGGGACACACCCAAAACCUUCUGGCUCCCACACCCCUUGGGAGCUGGUGGAAGCCUGGCCAAGGCUGGGGGAUGCUGUCUGGAUUUGCUGAGUUCCAGCAGCUACAGCUGUCCCCAUGCUGCUGGCUCUGGGUGUUAGCUCUAACUGCCACCUGACAGUCCACACUGGCUCCACACCAUCCAGAGCUGUGCUCAGGGGUGAAGCUGCCCCCUUCCCUAACUGAUCAAUCUUCUCUUCCUGUCUCAACUUGCAGCAAUGAAUCUGAACAGAUUCCUUGUUCACCUCUCUUGGCACUUGAUUUCUGCGAAUUGAAGGAAAUGGGCUUUCCUCUAGAGUUAUUUUUAGUUGGUUUUUAUUUUUUGCAGAUACUGCUUCCUAGAUAAAAUGAAAUCUAACUGUGUUCACUUUCUCUUUUUCCUCUCAUCAUUCCAUUUUAGAAACGCAAGUCAUAGGAAGAGGCAGGAGAAUCUUGGGUUUUUCUCCUAUUAUCAUAGGAAGACAUGUUAGAAAUAUUUGUAUGUUGCAUUUGGAAGACAUGUCAAGAAAUUAAUGAAAAGCUGUCUCUUUGCUUGUCUGUACAGUACACCAAAGGAAGCCAACAGUGGAUAAAAAUGUCCUGUACUCAUACCAAAGAUUUUAUUAACUGGCUUAAUCAAUAAUUGCCUUGUCUCCAGAUGUAUUCGAAAUUUGAGCUUUAAAUGUCCUUCUUUAUGGGAAUGGACCAUUUAUUUUUGUAAAUGCUUGAAGUAUUUAUUGUUUGUAUAAAAAAUAUUUUUAUUAUAAGCUUUAAAAUGAUCUCUUAAGUGAGCAUGGGUCUGAAGCCAUGUUUGCAUAUGUGUUUUCUAUACUGGAAUGAAGGAUCACAACUGUUUGAAGAACUCUGGCUUUUCUUUUGUGAGAAUUAAUUUAAGAAAAGAACUUAAACACAUGCACUCAAAGCCCUUACUAAGAAAUGGAUCUCCAUCUCAGAACUGUUUUGUCUAGACCCUUUGUAGUCACUGCCUGAGCUUAGGUGGGUACUGGCACCUGUGAAAAGGGGCGCCAGUUCCCUUGAUGUGUGCCUUGUAUUCAUUGUGUCUUCUGAUUCCCUGUUGGGGCCUCAUCCCAGUCUGCCUUGUUCCCAGUCUGACACAGCUGCUGGACCUGGUUUGAAUGCCCUGGAGCUGUUUCAGGCUGCUUCCAGCCCAUGGGCUGUUCCAGAGAGUGGAAUGUCUGACCUGAAGGACUUCAGACUACCAAGAAAAUGUUCCAGGUUCAUUUAGCUUUCCCUUUCCCAGUGAAGGGAGACGGCAGAGAGACCUGGACACAUUGGAGGGCUGGACAAUCACCAACCCAGUGAAGUUCUACGAGGGAAAGUACCAGAUUGUGCACUUGGGAUGGUGCAACCCUGGAUGUAUGGACAGGCUGGGGAAUGAGAUGCUAGAGAGCAGCACCAUGCAAAGGGACCUGGGAAUCCUAGUGGAUGGAAAGUUGGAUAUGAGUCAGCAGUGCCCUGGCAGCCAGGGGGGACAUCCCUGUUCUGGGGGACGCCAGGCCCAGCAUGGCCAGUUGGGCCAGGGAGGGGAUUGUCCCUCUCUGCUCUGCGCUGGGGCGGCCUCACCUCAAGUGCUGGGGGCAGUUUGGGCAUCACAAUAUAAGAAAGAUAUUAAACUACUAGAGAGCUUUGAAAGGACACUUCCAGGGGUGGGGUAGCAACAGCUUCUCUGGGCAACCUGUGCCAGGGCUGGGGGAAGAAUUCUUUCCCAGUAUGGUACAGGAAAUUUUACUAUGGCUAGGGCUACAUUUUCUUCCCUUCCUGAGGUUGCUUGAGAUGAGGAUAUCUCUCAGGGGAAAAAAUGAUCCAGAAUGAGCUGUGCCAAGGGUUAGAGCUGGAAGGAGGAAGAAAAAGUGAGUCUGGAUUCAUCCUAGUGUCAAAGGACCUAAGAGCAAAGAAUAGAAAACAAUUUGUUCUGUCAUUAGUGCCAAUUGUUAAUAUGAACAGUGAAUGUCAGGCUGCCUGUACAAUUGGCAUGUGCACAGGCUGGGAGACAUUUUGAGAAUAUUUUUCUUUCAGGAGCUUGCUUCUCUGCAAGCACAUCUAUGCAGCACAUAUGGACAGUGAUAAUUCCAUUUUCAGCUCCUGGAGGAAGCACAUGUGCACCUGCAUGGGAGUCGGGUCCUUUUAGGCAAACAGUGUUACAGACUUGGGAAUAAAUCAAGCAGGGUCUUGGAUGAAGCUGUUUAGCUGCAGAAUUCUGGUUUCCCUGGCAGGUCAAGAGCAGCUUGGCCUUUGCUGCUGAAACUGUGCUGGUACCAAUUUAUAAACAUGGUUCACACUUUGUGCAGGGAAGUUGUCCUGUCUGGGUUGUAGGUGGUUCCAUGCCAAGGGUGGAGACCAUCCUGGUGAACACUGUGGCUGCCAUGCUGUAGGCAGGAAUUGUCCAGGAGCUAAGCAGGUACUGGCCUGAGCCAUGGAAAUGGUUAAGGCUGAGUACAGGACCAUCUGUGUGCAGAGAGCUGGGAAGCAAAGUGAUAGAUCCUACAAAGUAUUUGCACAAUUCUCUUUAAAGCCAGAGUGCUAUUUAAAGGACUUGGUGAAGGAUGAUGUGCCUGAUGAGCUGGAGUGGGAAUGAAGUGAUGAUUCAUUGUGGGAUGCACUGGGCUGCUUUACAGCUGCUGGAUGGAGUUUGCAGUUACAAGUGCCUUUGCCAAGACAAAGUUAUUCCUUUUGUUUCUUUCAAUUGUUGUUAUUUUUCUCAUAUUGUAAUAAAUUGAAAACAUGUUUGAUCAAAAUGUGCCAUUGUGGAUGCUUUUCCCUGCCAUUCUUUGUGCACAGAUGUUACUCCAUGUUAUGCCAUGCCUUGGCUGUGCUGGCAAGAAUCAGUUUGCUGCACUUCACAGAGCCUGUGUCCUGUAUUAAUUUCUCUGAAUGUACAUCCUUUAAAAAUUAAUGUAUUUCUUUUUUUUAAUGGGGUGAAGCUGUCAAUUAAAUUGAAAUAAAAUCUGGGAGAAGAAUGCUGCUGUUUUUCUUGUAGUUAAUGCACUGCUCUUCCUUGCAGAAGCACCCCUUGGUUG